AUGGCCAAAGCAGAAGCUGCGAAGGCAGCCAAGCUGUUCAUUGACUAUGUGAACGAAACCGGCUCACCGUAUCACUGUGUGUCGGCCUGCUCAGCGCUCCUACGCGCUGCCGGCUUCAAGGAGCUUCCGGACGGCGGACGCUGGUCUCUGGCCAAGGGCGGCAAGUACUACGUCACCAAGGGUGGCGCCGACGUCAUGGCCUUCGUGGUGGGCGGGAAGUUCUCCCCGGAGGAGUCCGGCUUCUCGAUGAUUGGUGCCCACACGGAUUC